AUGUCACCCAUCAACAUACAACCUCCUCGGCCUGAACUGACAGUGAAUCCAAUGAUGAUCACAGAAACAGACUCAGUCACAGUGAACUGUCAGACUCCAUCAUCUGUUUCUGUGACUCAGUGUUUUCUGUACUUUAUGAGAGGAAGAAAAUCUACGUCCAUCUCCUGUCAGCAGACACUGACAGCAACUGAGCUCCUCUCUAUGGCAGAGCAGAGUUCACCUGCUGAGGUCAAAGUGACAUGUUUUUACACAUUAGAACAUAAAGGAGAACCACAUAAGUCUCUGCAUAGUAACACGUCCUCCAUCAGCAUACAAACUCCUCGACCUGAGCUGACAGUGAAUCCACAGAUGAUCACAGAAACAGACUCAGUCACAGUGAAAUGUCAGACUCCAUCAUCUGUUUCUGUGACUCAGUGUUUUUUGUACUUUAUGAGAAAAAGAAAAUCUACUUCCGCCUUCUGUCAGCAGACACUGACAGGAACUGAGCUCCUCUCUAUGGCACAGCAGAGUUCACCGGCUGAGGUGGAAGUGGCAUGUUUUUACAUGUCACAGCAUAAAGGGGGACAAUACCAGUCUCCUCACAGUAACAUAUCCUUCAUUAACAUACAAACUCUUCCUGAACCUAAACUGACAGUGAGCAGAUCAGAGAUCACAGAAACAGAUUCAGUCACACUGAAAUGCGAGGCUCCAUCCUCUGUUCCUAUGUCUCAGUGUUCUUUCUACUCUUCCACUGGAGCAACUGUUAAAGAAUUGCCCUGCUUGACGACACUGACAGCAACCGAACUGCUGAAGCUGGCAAAUCUCAAAUCACCUGCUACUGUUGAACUGAACUGUUUUUACGCAACGCAGCGUGGAGCACCAAACUCUCCAUACAGUGACUUUUCCAGCAUCAUCAUUCAAAGAGCAAAUCUCAAGGAUAAAAGAACCACAGAUUUGACAACCUUCAAUCCUGGUACAGUAUCAUCUGUGGAGACAGUUGAUACAGGAACAACUUCAAAGGAUGGAAGAACCACAGAUUUAACCACUGUCAGACCUGGUAAAACAUCAUCUGGGCACAACGAUCACACAGAUGUACUGAUAUUGAAACUGGUGGUUUCAACUGGUUGUGGAGUUGCUGUGGGUGUUGUCUUACUGGGAUGUGUACUUGUGAGGAAUCUGAAAAGAAUUGUUCCAGUAAAUUCUGUUACCAGCAGCUCACAAGCCCACUGCACUGAUGGCUUAAUGAACACAACACAUCUUGGACAAGUGUCCCCUCCAGGAAACGAGCAAUCAUACUCUAUAUUCACCUCAGUACCUGCUGCUGAUCCAGAUUCUACUCAAGAAGAUGGACAGCAACUUCAAAACAAUGAAUCUGACAUAUACCAUUUGUACUCAACGAUCCCCAAGGAGCCAGCUACAUCAGCCCUGAAGAGUAUGGUGUAUAGCACUGUGAACCCUAUGUACACCUCUGUGAACUCCGUGUAAACUGCAAAUAAAAAUUGUUUUAACUUGACUGCCUUAAGACAGUUUGCUAGCAUAAAUGUUAAAUUCCUGAUUAAAUUAAAAUGUUAAAACAA